CCUGCUUUGCCAAAAUGUAAAUGUUUAAAAAGGUGAAGAAGCAAGGAAUUGUUCGUUUUACCUUAAGGUUAAGGUUUACUUUAAAGGUAGAUUUCUGCAGUAGCAGAACCUGGUGACAAAUUGGCUUCCUCUUAUUACCUGGGAAGAUAACUACUGGUUUUCAACUUGUGAUAAGUACUCCUUCCGUUGUCUUUUGCCCCCAGCCAGAUCUGUUUCACCGAGAAGGGGUAGUUUGCACAAGGUGGUAACUUUCUCCAAGUUCCCAUCUAGCUUUCUUAACCAACAUUUUUUCUCUCCUUUGGGCGGCAGUUGAUCUGCUGGACACUUAUUUGCCUUAACAAGGUUUGUUAAACACCUAGUAUAUGCCAGGCGUUAUGCCAGGGAUUGGGGAUGCAGAAAUAAAGAAGAUGUGUUCGCAGUGCCCAAGUUCACUCACAAACCUCGAGGGGGAGGGUGUUGUCAAGUGAACAGAUAGUUCUAGAAUCUAGACAAUGCGACACAUUCUUGGGUAGGUUUAUGGUUGCACAGAGGAGACUAAUGGAAUGGAUGACCUAAAAGUGGACUGGGAUGGGGGUGGCAGGGCUGAGUCUGUGAGGUUGGGCGGGAGGGAACAUAGUCCCAGAGUCUUCUGCAGCCUGGACCAGACUACUUAAGGACUGCUGGGUUUAGACUGUCCUUUACAAAUAAGAGCCGCUAGAAGUGAACUUCUCAUAACUAUUCUGUCCGUCCCUAAUUCUGUCCUUCCCUAAAAGGAAACUUAAUCUCAUCUUUAAAAUAAGGAGAAUUACUGAGUGACCUGAAGGACCCUUUUCAGUUGGAAAGUCUGAAUUGACCAACACUGUUUGGAUGAAUCUGACCAUUUCUUAGGAGACUGGAAUGUUAAGUUUCUAUAAAUGAAUGAACCAGUUCUCUCUUGUUUGGAGCAAUGCUGAAAUUCCAAGAGGCAGCUAAGUGUGUGAGUGGAUCAACAGCCAUUUCCACUUAUCCAAAGACCUUGAUUGCAAGAAGAUACGUGCUUCAACAAAAACUUGGCAGUGGAAGUUUUGGAACUGUCUAUCUGGUUUCAGACAAGAAAGCCAAACGAGGAGAGGAACUAAAGGUACUUAAGGAAAUAUCUGUUGGAGAACUAAAUCCGAAUGAAACUUUGCAGGCCAAUUUGGAAGCCCAACUCCUCUCCAAGCUGGACCACCCAGCCAUUGUCAAGUUCCAUGCAAGUUUUGUGGAGCAAGAUAAUUUCUGCAUUAUCACGGAGUACUGUGAGGGCCGAGAUCUGGACGAUAAAAUUCAGGAAUAUAAACAAGCUGGAAAAAUCUUUCCAGAAAAUCAAAUAAUAGACUGGUUUAUCCAGCUGCUGCUGGGAGUUGACUACAUGCAUGAGAGGUCACUGGCAUGCAUUUUAUAUGAGAUGUGCUGCAUGAAUCAUGCAUUCUCUGGCUCCAAUUUCUUAUCCAUUGUUUUAAAAAUUGUUGAAGGUGACACACCUUCUCUCCCCGAGAGAUAUCCAAAAGAACUAAAUGCCAUCAUGGAAAGCAUGUUGAACAAGAAUCCUUCAUUAAGACCAUCUGCUAUCGAAAUUUUAAAAAUCCCUUACAUUGAUGAACAGCUACAGAACCUAAUGUGUAGAUAUUCAGAAAUGACUCUGGAAGACAAGAAUUUGGAUUGUCAGAAGGAGGCUGCUCAUAUAAUUAAUGCCAUGCAAAAAAGGAUCCACCUGCAGACUCUGAGGGCACUGUCAGAAGUACAGAAAAUGACGCCAAGAGAAAGGAUGCGGCUGAGGAAGCUCCAGGCAACUGAUGAGAAAGCCAGGAAGCUGAAAAAGAUUGUGGAAGAAAAAUAUGAAGAAAAUAGCAAACGAAUGCAAGAAUUGAGAUCUCGGAACUUUCAGCAGCUGAGUGUUGAUGUACUCCACGAAAAAACACAUUUAAAAGGAAUGGAAGAAAAGGAGGAGCAACCUGAGAGAAGACUUUCUUGUUCACCCCAGGACGAGGAUGAAGAGAGGUGGCAAGGCAGGGAAGAGGAAUCUGAUGAACCGACUUUAGAGAACCUGCCUGAGUCUCAGCCUAUUCCUUCCAUGGACCUCCGCAAACUUGAAUCAAUUGUAGAGGAUGCCACAUCUGACCUUGGAUAUCAUGAGAUCCCAGAAGACCCACUUGUGGCUGAAGAGUACUACACUGAUGCAUUUGAUUCCUAUUGUGAAGAGAGUGAUGAGGAGGAAGAAGAAAUAGUGUUAGAAAGACCAGAGAAAGAAAUCAGGAAUGAGGGAUCCCAGCCUGCUUACAGAACAAACCAACAGGACAGUGAUAUUGAAGCAUUGGCCAGGUGUUUGGAAAAUGUCCUGGGUUGCACUUCUCUAGAUCAGCCAUGCAGAAGCUGGGGACAGAAGUAUUUGAAGAGGUCUAUAAUUACCUCAAGAGAGCAAGGCAUCAGAAUGCUAGUGAAGCAGAGAUCCGGGAGUGUUUGGAAAAAGUGGUGCCUCGAGCCAGCGACUGUUUUGAAGUGGACCAGCUCCUGUACUUUGAAGAGCAGUUGCUGAUCACGAUGGGAAAAGAACCUACUCUCCAGAACCAUCUCUAGGCAACUAUCAAAAAGAAGCAGAAGUUCAAGUGGACAAAUUUAUGUGAAAAUUCAUUUAACAUAUAAGUUGAACUCUAUUAUGGGGAAUGGAUACAAAAGCAGAGCUCUCAUCUUGACUUUCAAUUCCUCGUCAGAAGUACUGGCUUCUUUAGAGAGUAGUAAGCAUGGCUGCCUAUGGUUGGAGUCAUAAGUGUUAUUUGGACUAUACCCUGAGAUAAGCUUAUAAAUCAAGUUUGGCUCCCUUGAAAAGCAUUUCGCUCAUGUGUGCCCUCAGGGCUUCCAGCAGGAUUGAGUCACCCUGACAAUGACCAGGGAGAAGCCGUGUGCUCUUCAUCAUUUUCAGCUGGAGGACAGAGCUCAGUGCCUGACUGCCUAGGGUCUCAUGGACUGUGGGCAGCCUGCCAGUGAAGGUCACUGGACCCUAGCCUACAACAUGCUGAGCUACAGCCCAGAAGCCAGACAUGCCUGUCUUAGCUGAACUGUUUUGGGUCCACUUUUGCCCUUCUAUGACUAACAAGGAAGAUGUGUGUGUAUUUCAUACACACACAAGGACCUGGAUUAAAAAUCCAAAAAGUGAUCCUCUUCUAUGAUUUAUUUCAAACUCAUCCAUACAUAAUUCAAGAUUUGUAUUCAAAAUAAACAUAGUUUUCACAGUUACAAAAUAAA